GAAAUUACAGGACCCAAUGGUAAAUCACCUUCUGGUGAAAUUGGCUACCUGAAUAAAGAUUAUUAUUAUUAUUAUUAUUAUUAUUAUUAUUAUUAUUAUUAUUAUUAUUAUUAUUAUAAAAUAUAUACACCGUUUUCAUGCUUUAGGGCCGCUAAAGUAAAAAACUUGAGCAGUACAUUAAAAAUACAUGCAUGCAUGCAGCAACCAUUAGCCCAUAUUUUCCAAACAUUGAUUUAACAUGAGACAUUAAUAAUUGGUCCACACUUGACACAGGCUCGCGUUGUGCGUAAAGUCAGUUGCAAUUAAUAGCAACACGAUCAUUUUUUUAUUCUUUUUUAUAUUUUUUGUACAAAAUAACAAGAAUAGAUGAAAGAUUAGUUCUUUUAAAGGUGAUGUCCACUCCGUUCUGCGCAUCAGUUCUGCUCUUAUAACAAAGGGGAGCCCCACAUAUAAACAUUGUCCAAAUUUUGCAUCUUUCGAACUUUUUUUGAAUUGAAACGUAACAGUUUAUGUUCAUUUACAAGUGUAGCGUAUAUAGCGCUUAUAACAGCGUAUAUAGCGCUUAUAACAGAUAGCUCUGUAAGCGCUUUACAAAAGUCUAUAAAAAUACGUAUAAAAGUAACAAUCUGAAAACUAAACACUAAUAUUUUAAGCAAAUUUUAAUUAUACAACAAAGAAUUAGCCAAGCGGAAUUAGUGCCCUCGCCGGGGGCCUACGCGCGGAAUGUUCGCGCCGUUGGCUCGAGGAUUUUAGAAAUUUCGUUCAAGAAUUUGUCGGAUGAAGUAAGCAUGCUUGUGAAGCACAAACAUUGGAGACCUAUAUACUAAACAUGCUUGUGAAGCGCAAACAUUGGAGACUGACCUAUACUAAACCUGCUUGUGAAGCACAAACAUUGGAGAACUAUACUAAACAUGCUUGUGAAGCACAAACAUUGGAGAACUAUACUAAACAUGCUUGUGAAGCACAAACAUUGGAGACCUAUACACUUCUAUUUCUUGCUUGCUUGCGUCAUGAUGCAAAUUUUUACGAUACAAUAGAAUUUCGUAAGGAAUUAUCAAAAAACUAUUUUUAAGGUUAUUGUGAAUAAAGAAAAAUCCCAGAGCAAGUUAAGUUAUUCCAUUGAAGAAAAUCCACCAUGGUAUCUUGCCAUACUGCUAGGAUUUCAGGUACUCAAGUAAAAUGUUAUUCAUUUGUAAAAUUUAAUGCAUGUAUGAAGCGAAAUCAAUUUAUUGUCAUUGUCCUUAGACAAUGUGGACUUAAACACGCUGAUCACUGAUAUACAGCUAAUUCAAACAAGGUUGUCAUUUGCAAACCUUAAAGUCUAAACCUUAAACUCUAAGCGGUUCAAACCAUAAUGGGAACAUCGUUUAUCAGUUUAGAAAUCAUAUAUGGGAUCCAUUUCUUAGAGAUAUGAUAAAUAUAUAUCCUGACGAGAACAAUUCAUUCACAAAUAUAGUUGCAAUAUUCAACCACCAAGCUUGAAACUUGUGCUCCCAUUCAAUAUUGAAACUUGUGCUCCCAUUAAGCUUUGCGCGCUUAGUGUUUAAGGUUUAAGGUUUAGAGUUUAAGGUUUGCAAAGGAGAACCUUUUUUGAAUUGGCUGUAACGAUUUUUAGAUCAACAAAACCACAAAUCAAUGAUCAUUUUUUGCUCCGCACAUUAACAUUUGUUUGUUAGUUAUUCACUAUCGGACCGAGGUCUUUUGGUACAGACCGAGCCCGUAGGGCGAGGUUUGUGCAAAAAGAUCGAGGUCCAAUAUUUCUCUGGACAUACCAAGCAAGCGAGGUUAAUAAAAAUAUUAUUAUAUGGCAUUUAUAUGCAUUUAUACUUGAAACAAACAAGAAAUGCAUGAUUUGAAAUGCAUAUUAGUAGCGUGGUACACAUUUGGUCGAAGAAAACAAAAAAUACCAAUGUAUUCCUUCCUUUCCACUAAAAACCAUUCGCAUAUAUCUUAUUAGUAAUAAAUUAAAUUAUAAUUUUCAAAUUUUCAUUAGUUUUGCUGUUUUGGUUUAAAUGCAUGCGUUUGUUCUCACGUAAUGGACCGUGGACCGCCGGUCCAUUACGGAAAAAUAAUGGACCGCUGAAAGUGCUUCUCAGCCAAUCACAGUCCUCCAUUUCACCGGAAGUGAUGCUUGCCAUAUAAUAAGUAUAUAUUUAUUACAUAUUUAAAGCAUAAGCCUGGAUUCUAGCUCAAUUUCAUUAUAAGAAAAAGUUAGUUUGUCUUCUUUUAUAGCAUUACCUCACAAUGUUUGGCUCGAACAUAACCAUACCUUUAGUCCUUGCAUCACCGCUGUGUAUCAAUGACGACGUCGUGAAAGGAAAGCUCAUCAGUACUAUUUUCUUCAUGAGUGGAAUUGCGACUUUACUUCAAACCAUAUUUGGUAACAGGUGAAUAAUGCCUUACUGUAAGCUGCCGCGGUUUGUUUCUAAACUACCUAAAAAAGAUUGAAAACACUUUCGACGUUAGACCGUCGUGCAGGAUUUUAGUUCCCAACUUCCUCACGCCUCAAAUAAUUCACAGACUAGUCCCUAGUCCACUGUGUACGCUUUUGAUUUCUGUGACGUCAAAUUCACACACAAUCCACGGCAGCUUACAAUGGACCCCGAUUUUAAAAUGUUUUAGGUUAAGCCCAUUCUUCUCUGGCUAACAAUGUUUUGUUGAUUUGUCUAAUACUCGUCACUCUGAGUUCCACAUUUGAGUUACGCAUGACAAAGCUGAAUACUAUUGAGUCUAAAAUGUCUGCCAGCUAAUGUGGCACGUGAAAGCAUGAUCUGUCAAACGAGAGAGAACGAUAUAGGUGACUGGAACUGAAUAUGUUCCAGUCCCCUAUAUCAUAUAUAUAAACAAUGAGAUCCAAAAUUUGAAAUUAAUUAAAGUACAAUUAAGUCGCUGGAAAUUCCCACCGAAUGUUCUCAGCCGUGCGGAAAUUAUAACUAACUUUGAACGUCCGAGUGUUUCACCGGAUGGUUCUAUUGUUGCAUCGGAUAUAGUAAAUUCCACCGAACGUUGGCAACCUCAGCUAUGCAUUUUCACCGCACACGUUGGGAAAACUACUCAACAACAACAUAAUUGACAAAAUCAUUUGCAUUUUCCUCCAUUUUGUUCCAAGUAACAUGAAGAAACCAUGGUUUGUCAUUAGCUAAUUGAUUCAAACAGCUCAGCACUUAGCUCACAACAUCCGCAGACGCUGAGAUUUUUAGUUCCUCGCGAGGCGAAAAAUAUCAAACACGAUAGAUAUUUUCCUCAAGGCCUCGAGAGGUCAAAUCCUCACGAAAACUAUCCGCACACGAGAGCAACUUGCUGAGCUAACCGCCUCAGCAAGUUGCUCUCGUGUGCGGCGGGCUUAAGAUUUAUUCCCACCUAAUAAUAAUUAUGAAUAUGUGCGUAGUUUAUUGAAGUGAAAUUCAUCAACUUAAGUACCGAGGGGGUUAAUUUUGAAUGCUUUUAGACCCAACUCUUAACAGUGAAAAUAUGCGAUUCUGACUAGCAUUUUUUAUCCGACUCGUAACCUACUUGCUCAUUUUUUCUCCAUUUGGCAUGAAGAACAUAUCAUUCAACAGCUAAAACCUGAUCUUUCCGAAGAUGAAAAAUCUCGUUCAUACGGGGAGUAAUUCAGAUACAAUAGCGCGCUGAAGUUUGAUUACCUUUUGUGACUAUUCGGCCAGCAUGGUUCCCGUGAAAGAUAUCUAGAAUUUGUAUAGGCUGUGUAUAUUUUCCUCCAUGCCAAACCGACAUUGAAAGUUUCUACGAAUAUUUUUAUGAUUGCUAUGAUAAACUUUGUUUGGAAAGCGAGAACUCAGCAUUCAUUGUUGCGGGAGACUUCAACCCAACAAGUAAUGGUUUUCAGAAUCGAUGUCUCAAACAGGGCCUUUUUUAACAUACAAGCUGGGGGGGCAUUUGCCCCCCCCAGUCCCCCCUUGUGCCCCCCACGAAAUCACAUUUUGCCCCCCCAGGAAAAGUCCCUUUUUCCUAAAAUUAUAUAAACAAUCCAGCGAAGAUUAACAAAUAGAUAAACGGAAAGUAAGUUUUAGGCUUUAUCCUUUGUUCUUGUUUAACAAAAUCGAUUUAAAUUGUUACUUUUUUUACCACUAAGUAAUGAUAAAUUAUUGUUAAUAUUUUUUUUAUUUUUUGGAUUCUCAGAAUGCAGGAAAUAGCAUUUCACGGUUUCAAAUUUCAAAAAUUUUCUUGGGAUUAUCCCUCUAAUAAGUAAUAAUAAAUUACAGUUAAUAUUCUUUUUUACUUUUAAUUUUGUGCAUUUUUCCAUCUUUUCUUUCAAAUACAACUAUAGUUAGCAUAGAUUUUAGAGCAAAUUUGGAUGCUCAGAAUGCAGGAAAUGGCAUUUCCGUGGUUCAAAUUUCAAAAAUUUUCUGGGGGAAUACAUCCCCACACACCUGACCAUUGCUAUCCUCCUCUAAUAAGUAACGAUAAAUGAUGGUUAAUUUUUUUUUACUUUUUGUGCAUUUCUUCCUUUAUUUAUUUCAAAUACAAGUAUGGUUAGCCAGUUAGGAUAAAUUUUGGAGCAAAUUUGGAUGCUCAGAAUGCAGGAAAUAAAUUUCCGGGAGUCAAAUUUCAAAAAUUUUCUGGGGGAGUACACCCCCAGACCCCCCAUUCAUGCGUGGUAUAUUUGCCACACACGUGGCUUUCAGCCAUUCCUAUCCCCCUCUAAAAUAUUAUCUCACAGAAAGGUCCCUUUUCAAAAAAUGCCCCCCCACGGGAAAAUCCUUAAAAAAGGCCCUGGUCUCAAAGCACAUUGUAAUCUUAAACAAGUUGUCAAGAAAGCUACAAGAGGUAAUAAUAUCCUCGACCUAAUAUUUACGACCGUUGUCGAUUUUUACCAAAUUCCUUGCAUCUUAGCACUGUUAUGAUGUUAUCCACAUCUGACCACUGUAUAGUGAUAUGGAAGUCUAGAGUCGUUAUAAUACAAAGGGCAUUACUCAUUAGGGCAAGGUCCUGAAAGUUAAGCGAAGAGAUGGGAGACAAGCAAACAUGAGUGCUUUUGGAUCCAUUUUCAGAGAAUUGUGAUUGGCAUCAGAUUCUAUAUGGGAAAUUGACGAGAAAGUGAAUAGAUUUAUUACGAUCGAGACUAUGGUCGAGAAUUCUUCUUGCGGAAAGUACAAUUAGAAGGCACAGUAAAGACAAACCGUUCAUUACGAACAAAAUAAAACCGUUAGUUAAAAGGAACUAGCUUGCGUCGUAUACUUCAAAACACAUGUUUUAUGUGUUUUGAAGUAAGCGACGCAGGCUAAAAGGAACAAGGCAUAUGCGGUAGUAGUGGUAAAAAAAGGUUUAAAAAAUCUACUUUCUAUGAUAAGAUGAGACCAAAACGAACUGCUCGUUCGAAAUCAUGGUGGAAAGAAAUUAAAUGCCUGACAGGAAGGGGAAAAGACAGUGCUACAUUGGUUGAUCCGGAAACAGAACUUGAACUGAAUAAUAAACAAUCAGCCACUAUCAUUAAUGACUUUCUUCGCGGAUCUUACCAGGGACUAUCCCCGGAUAAACGAGGAAUGGAUCGAAUUACAAUGUCCGGAUAGUCUCCCAAACGUCAGUGUAGAAGAUGUGUUUUAAAAAUCUUGAAGGAAUUUCCAUAUGUAUUGGCAGCUCCACUGACGGAGAUAUUUAACGAUACGUUUGGAGGAAAUUACUUCCCCAAAAUAUGGAAACAAUAUAAAUUUAAAGGCAUUCCUAAAAAUAUACCUUGUUCAACUGUAGACAAUCUUAGACCGAUAGCCCUUACUACUUUCUUAUCGAAAUUACAAGAGUCCUUUGUUGUCAAUGAAGAUAUGCAUGACAAGAUCUCGGAGUCAAAAUUUGGGGGUAUUCGAAAUUCGUCAACAUCUUUGCCGUGAUUGUACAGAAUUCACAAGUAUUAUGAGGUAAUGGACACACCACAUUGAAACUUUCAUGGUCUGGACAUCUCCUCUCAUUAAAUAAAUUUGUGAGAAAUUUGCAACCCACUUCUUGUUUGUGUCCCAUACAUCAUGGAGGGCAUAAAAGUGGAUCUAAUUAUUUCUGAAGCGAAUACAAAAAAGAAAUAGCAAAUAAUACCGAACGAACUAACAACCCAAUCUGAAGAGCUUAAAAUCUUUGAAAAGCCAAUGAAGAAAUAAAACGCCAAUUUUUGAACAGCAGUAGCAAGACAAUAUUUUGUCCUGGGACAAUGGUGUCAAAAUUGUUUAUUCAAAAAACAUGAAUGUUAGAUUAGCAAAUUAUAGCAUCCCUCUCCUUUGAUAAUCAAAGACGGGAGUGAUAUUCAAUGUUUGAGUAUACUGCUGUCUUUGUUUAUCAAAGGAGAGGGAUUUCAAAGGCAUCAACGUCUAGAUGUCAAGAAUUGGGUUAUUGUCUUCUUCUUCUUUUGUAAUUAAUAUCUGGUUGAAACACUGGAAAGUUGUCGAAUAUAAAGUUCUCAUCACAGCAAAUUCAGCCACCAUCUUGGAUUUGAGAAUCGCCAAACUUACACGAAAUAGAUCAAUUGUUUGCAAUAAUCGUUGACUUCGUGGAAAAUAAAUCCAUGCAAAGGCGAAGUAUAACUUUAGAAAGUAAAAUAUAACAAAAUACAAGGAUUAUGAGCACUAAAAUUUAACUUACACUGAACCUAGUGAGGGCAAGGACCACAACAAGCACCAUCAGUUACAUUUAAAGAAUUAAUGGAAAGAUUUUCAGGAGUUUAGACGUAAUUGUUAGAUGAAUUUUGGUAGAAAUUUCAUUUGAAUUUGGACCAGUAAAUUAUUACUUUCGAACAAGGAUACUCCAAGGAUACCGGGUGAAAUGAGGGUAUUGAACCUGAAAAUAUAUUAAUUGUCCUAGAUUUUUUAUGUUUUAUAUGUUUUAUUAAAAUGAAAUAUUAUCUUUUCACAACAGGUUACCAAUUGUUCAAGGAGGAACAUUUUCAUAUUUAAUUCCAGCAUUUUCAAUUUUAACCUUGCCAGAGUUUGCUUGCCCACCCGGUUUCAAAGAGAGUAAGUUUGCGUUACACAUACUUGACAUGCUUGUCUACACAUUGCCACAAUCUCUCAGUCAUGCAGGAUAAAGCUCAAUAAUAUGACGGCAAAAACGUAAAAUGUUUCUACUUGUAUUAAAAUUGCGAUGGCAGUUUUUUUUUCCGAACCUUAAAGAAGCUCUUUACAGUUUCCAAUUAUGUCAGUGUUUUAAACUGAAAGCUAUUGUCUUCGCACUCCUUGUUCCAAGCUAGUUCCUUUAAGUGGCAAUGUGCCCUGAUGCUCCUAUUAUAUUUAUUUCACUCUGUCAAAUGCCAGACAAUUUUACUCAUCAGGGGAGAUCUGUGCUGCCCAUGGAUAUACAUCUUCAGUUGUUGAUGCUCCAUACUUUAUGCUCAAUUGUCUUCGCACUGCUUGUUCCAACCUAAUUUUUUGCACAAGCCAUUGUUUCCUCUUAUACAAAAAAUUAAUUUUAACCCACAACCGCUACUUCACGUUACCAUAACAACAUGACGUCACCAUCUAUAUGGCCUAUAUCAACCAAAAAGCCGUCUUAGCGGACAAAUAACCACGGUGACCUACCUUUUUUAUUGCCGAAAAUACAUUGUUAUAAAGUUUUGAAUCUUUUUUGAAAGUUAUUUGAAAAUGGCCAGUGUAGUUUUCGAGAAACUGGAUUUCAGCCUUUUAAGAUUGCAUUUUAGCCUUUGAAAAAGCUGAAAUUCAGUUUCUCGAAAAGUACACUGGCGAUUUUCAAAUAAUUUUCAAAAAAGAUUCAAAACUUCAUAACAAUGUAUUUUCUGCAAUAAAAAAGGCAGGUCACCGUGGUUAUUUGUCCGCUAAGACAGCUUUUUUGGUUGAUAUAGGCCAUAUAGAUGGUGACGUCAUGUUGUCAUGGUAACAUGAAGAGUAGCGAUUGUGGGUUAAAAUUACUUUUUUUUAUAUAAAAGGAAACAAUGGCUUGUGCAAAAAAUUAGUUUUUUUUAGAUUCAAAUAGCUUUUAGUUUAGUUAAAACACUGAUAUAUAUUGGAAAAUGUAGGGAGCCUCCUUAAGUACGACAGCAUUUGCGAAAGGAAUUGCCGAAUGCCGUCGCUAAAAUUCUAAGCUCUGUAAAUAAGUUAAAAACAGUGCAUGUUUAAUCAACAGCAUUGUGUGAGAAUUGCCAUUGCCCAUGGUCUUCACGCAAAAAUUCCUUGAGUGGUUAUUCUUGGAUGUACUCUCAUUCUCCGACAUUAGGGAGUUUAAGCUUCACGUUUCCGGGGACGGCAAACGGCAGGUUCGAACUUUCUUGGCAAAAUUUUCGUUGAACGUUUUCGUUUCAUAUUUUCUUUCUUGCGUCGAAAGAAUACUUAUGUAUUUCAGUUUUAAAACAGCAAGUUCAUUUACUCUUUAUUGCUUGUUACCGUAAAAUUUUUCUUUGCCUGGCGUUUGCCGUUUGACGUAUAACGCGAAGCUUAAACUCUCUAUUAUUCUUACAGAUCCUUCAAACAGUACCUUUGAUGGUAUUUGGAAAAAACGCAUGGUUGAGGUAAAUAUUUUAUGUACACUGCAUUUUAACGAGAACAAUGCGUACAUUCCCCAUGGAUGUAGUCCAAUAAAAAUGGUAAAAAUAUGCUUAAGGUAGGUGGCUCGAUACAGUUUUCUAAAAAUAAAAAAUUCACGAUUUAGAUCCCUAUUCUUGGACAAUUAUUACUUGUUGAAAAACCGUACUGAUGUACAACAGCAUCCAAAGGGUUCGACUGUUUUCACAAACGUUAUGCAAAUGCCGUUGCUAUGGCAACAAUGACGUUUCAAGAUGGCGGAUAUUUUCGCUUUAAUUAAAGUAAUUUAACUAGAAAGCGACAUCGGUGACCCCCACAUUUUAUUUCAUAAAAUUAUUUCUUUUAGUAUACCCAAUUAUUUUAACAAUUUUAAAAAAUUCUCUUGAGCAAAAAUUUUGAAAUUACGAAAAUGUGAUUAUUCAUAAUAAUUUUCCUUUGGCUCAACAGAAUUUUUUUCAAUUGUUAAAAUAAUUGAGUAUACAACGAGAAAUCAUUUUAUGAAAUAAAAUUUGGGGUUCACCGAUGUCGUUUUCGAGUUAAAUUACUUUAAAGCCAAAAUAUCCGCCAUCUUGAAACGUCAUUGUUGCCAUAGAAAUGGCAUUUCUAUAACUUUUGUAAUAAAAUCCGAACCCUUUGUAUGUUGUAUUACAUCAGUAAGAUACUUUUUUUAACAAGUAAUAAUUGUCCAAAAUUACGGAUUCAAAUAGUGAAUUUUCAAGUUUUUAGUAACUGUAUUGAGCCACCUUAAUUAAAAUAUUUUAUUUUUUGUGUGUGUUUUGUUGUUAUGUACUCAGGUGAAUAUAAUGUUUUUGAUGUUACUCUGAGUGUAUAUCCACACCGGGCAGGCUGAAAAGUUAGCCUGACCACGGUGGGAAUCGAACCCGCUACCUUUGGGAUACUAGUCCAAUGCUCUGCUAACUGAGCUACAAGGCCAAGUCUGUUCGACUGUUUAUUUGUUUUUAUCUAAUAUGGCGGUAUUUUAGGUAUCAAAAAGUAGACAGUUUUUCAAAAAAGUAGACAGUUUUACCCGGUAUGAAUUCAAAUCGCGUUUUAAAGCUUCCAAUUUUGUGCGCAACCCAAUAUUAAUGUGGUUGAUAAAGGCAACCCUGUUUGCACUUGGAGAUUCAAAUUUCACAAAAGAAAAGUUUUGGUUUUAUACAUUAAUUAAAUCCAUAAUCACAUAUUUUUACGCAAGUUGCGGAAUUUUCAAUUUAGUGAUGCAAUCACUGAUCUUGAAAUACUUAACCGGAUACAAUCCGUUAGCAUUAACAUUGCAGAAAAAAAUAUUAUUGUGCAAUUUAGCUUCAAGGAGCUGUCAUGGUAUCGUCCCUGUUUCAAAUUUUCAUUGGCUUCAGUGGCUUGAUGGGAUUCUUGUUACGUUUCAUUGGACCUCUCACUGUAGCUCCAACUAUUAGUCUCGUCGGAUUGUCUUUAUAUGGAGCUAGUGCUGAUUUUGCAGGCAAGUUUAGCGUUACGCCCAGUGGCGUAGCCAGACCUUCAUUUUUGGGGGGGGCGGAACGAAAAUUGCCCGACUUUUCAGGAUUCUGCCCCCCCCGUCGCCAAAAAAAUUUCGGUCAGUGUACCAUUUUAGGGGUCAAAAAAAUUUUCCGUACAACCAAUAUUUUUCGGAACAUAACACAAAUUUUCGAAAAUUCACAAAAUUUGCCUAAAAAUUCACUUAAUUUUAGACAAAAUGAACAGAAUUUGUUCCAUUUUUUUUUAUUGCAUACCAAAAUUGCCCGACUGUUGAUUGAAUUUUCCUCUUGGAACCAUAUUUACAACUGUUUUAACGAGAUUUUAGAAAUCAAGUUCUUCCAGUAUUUCGUCGUUUUCCUCAGUCGAGACGUACUUAAUCCGUUUCAGCUUCGAGGAUGUAACGUGUACCCCCCCCCCAUUUCUCUACGGAUUUAGCCUUUUUCAGAGAAUAGUUUUUUUGCGAUUGGGGGGGCGACCGCCCCCCCUUGCCCCCCCUUGGCUACGCCCCUGGUUACGCCAUGGGCAAACUAGGAACAAUUGUUGUGAAAACAAUUGAAAAUCGCGAUAUGCAUGUGUAAAAAAAAUUCUAUCCAUGGGCAUGAAGCAAAGAUGUUUCCCAGGAACAUCAGAAACCUAUUUUGAUUUGCAAGUCUUAUUCUGUGGCGGGAACAGUGCUGUUUUGCACAACUGUUGGAAACAUUCCCCGAAACAAUACGUUUAUACUGUUUACACUUUUUCUAGAAACAUGAUUUAUUUCCUUUGCCUGUGGUUUGUCCACCAUCUGGAAACAUGGCUAGAAAACAAUGUUUCCUGGUUUCCUCACGCACCUUCUGGAAACAUGACUAAGAACCAUUAGUAUUUUUGCACAAGUAAAUAUAACAAAUACUUGAUUAGUCAAAUUUAACAUAUUGAGCUGUUAUAUUCACGUACAGGUGAAUAUAACAAAAUAGGGGGUCGAAAAUGUUCAAUUCCGUAGCAACCCUCGUGUAACUACAUAAUUUUUACAUGAAUCUAUAGAUUAUAACUUACUUAGUUAGAAUCCACUUCCCCCCAAGCGAAAUAGUUGCACAAAUUAAAGUAUAAGCUCUUCAAAGUUCACGCUUCCUCGUGUUUCGGAAUCCAUGAACCGCCAUUGUUGUGUUGCAAAUACGCAUGCGCUUGAGCACAAAACACGUAAUGCGCACGCGCAGAUAAGAAAAACUGAUCUCAAUCUUGGACUGGACAAGAAAAAAUUAUGAAAUGUGCGAAAACAGGGCUGAAGUAAAACAAGAUGACAUCGGAAUAUUUUAAAAAUAUAUGAUAUUUUUAUGUUCUGUGCAUUUUAAUGGAGUUUACGAAACAUUCUGAGCAAUGUACCGUAUCGAGCCCUCGCCAGGAACACUUCCAAGCCAACAUUACAAUAAUAACUUAUUUAAAAUAUUAAUUAAAAUAUGAUGUUAUUUUAUACUACAGCAAUUGCAUAACGUUUGCAAGCAAAUUUGUUUUUCAGGCUUUAAAUAUUAUCACAAUCCUAAACAUUCAGGGCCGUACAAAGCAGGGGAGGCAAUAUCAUUAUUAAUUAUUCAUUGGAUAUUUGUGACGUUUUUCGGCAUAUAGGCCGUACUGCCCCCAGCUGAUGAAAACAUUCUGCGUACGGUCCUGUAAACGUUCUAGAACUCAUACC